UUGGCCGCCAGCCCCGUGGCCCGGGCUAAAGGCUGGGACUUUACUCCCGCGCGGGCGAAGGAGUCCGUGCUCCAUCGGCUGCCGCAACCGCCGCGCCCGAGCCUGAGCCACGAUGAGCGGCAGAGUCGGAGAUCUGAGCUCCAAACAGAAGGAGGCACUGGCCCAGUUUCGGGAGAAUGUCCAGGAUGUGCUGCCCACCCUGCCGAAUCCAGAUGACUAUUUUCUCCUGCGCUGGCUCCGAGCAAGAAGCUUUGACCUGCAGAAGUCAGAGGCCAUGCUCCGGAAGCAUGUGGAGUUCCGAAAGCAAAAGGACAUUGACAACAUCACUAGCUGGCAGCCUCCAGAGGUGGUUCAACAGUAUCUGUCAGGGGGCAUGUGUGGCUAUGACUUGGAUGGCUGCCCAGUCUGGUACGAUAUCAUUGGACCUCUGGAUGCCAAGGGUCUGCUGUUCUCAGCCACCAAACAGGACCUGCUCAAGACCAAGAUGCGGGACUGUGAGCUGCUUCUGCAGGAGUGUGCUCGCCAGACCACAAAGCUGGGGAAGAAGGUGGAGACCAUCACCAUGAUUUAUGACUGUGAGGGGCUUGGCCUCAAGCAUCUCUGGAAGCCUGCUGUGGAAGCUUAUGGAGAGUUUCUCUGCAUGUUUGAGGAAAAUUAUCCUGAAACACUGAAGCGUCUUUUUGUUGUUAAAGCCCCCAAGCUGUUUCCUGUGGCCUAUAACCUCAUUAAACCCUUCCUGAGUGAGGACACUCGUAAGAAGAUCAUGGUCCUGGGAGCAAACUGGAAGGAGGUUUUACUGAAACAUAUCAGUGCUGACCAGGUGCCUGUAGAAUAUGGGGGCACCAUGACUGACCCUGACGGAAACCCCAAGUGCAAAUCCAAGAUCAACUAUGGGGGUGACAUCCCCAAGAAGUAUUAUGUGCGAGACCAGGUGAAACAGCAGUAUGAACACAGUGUGCAAAUUUCCCGUGGCUCCUCACACCAAGUGGAGUAUGAGAUCCUCUUCCCUGGCUGUGUACUCAGGUGGCAGUUCAUGUCGGAUGGGGCGGACAUUGGUUUUGGGAUUUUCCUGAAGACCAAGAUGGGGGAGCGGCAGAGGGCAGGGGAGAUGACAGAGGUGCUGCCCAACCAGAGGUACAAUUCCCACCUGGUCCCUGAGGAUGGGACCCUCACCUGCAGCGAUCCUGGCAUCUAUGUCUUGCGGUUUGACAACACCUACAGCUUCAUUCAUGCCAAGAAGGUCAGUUUUACUGUGGAGGUCCUGCUUCCAGACAAAGCUUCAGAAGAGAAGAUGAAACAGCUGGGAGAAGCCACCCCAAAAUAAUGCCUCCUCCUACUGCAGGCCUGGCCCUCAGUGUCUCCUUGUCAGUUUCUACCCCUUGUAGCAGUCAUUUUCCCACAACCCUGCAGCCCAAAGAAGCUGGGUUGGAGGAGUGACCUCAGGCUGGAUCUGGGGAGCUUUCAUUUCAGAAUUAGGAGGAGGGAGAAUGGCUGGAGUGGGUCUCCUGCCUCUCAAAUAACUAAGGAGUCCCCAGGGAGCUGGCAACCAUGAUAGGAUCUAUCUGUCCUGUAAGCUGUGCCAACCUUACCUGUCCAGUGACACUUAAUACAAGGAGCGAGGUACAAAGGAUGGCAGCAGGGAAGAAAUUUUAUAAAGGGUGGGGGUGGGGAAGGGGGAAUUGAGACCUAACACUUCAGGGAAGCCAGCUGCAGGGGAGGAACUUGCUCCCAAAUGAACAUGAGAGUUUAGAUCAUAAUGAGUAGUAGCAAGAUAGCUAGUUGCUAGAGUUAUGGUGGGGGUGAGAGACUCUUCCAAACUUUUUAUCACGAGGCUGGGGUAUCUUUUGGCUUUUCCCAGGUCUCAGGAGGUGGCCUGCCUCAGCAACAGAUCUUCCCACUCAAGGGUAGACAGGCCUCACCCUCACCUUGAGGAUUUUAGCAACUCCUGGGCCUUGCUGCCUCUUUAAUUACUUAUGAUUGAUUGUCAGUGACUUCCUGGGACUUUGGUAACCGGCCACUGUUUUCCAAUGCAAAAAAAAAAAAAAAAAAAAGCACAAGGGAAAUUACCUCCAGGGAUCACAGCUCCUGGAAGGGUCAAGGAUGCUGGGGUGGGAGUGGGUCCUAAAAGGUGGUGGAGGGGGAUUCCAGUCCUCUUUUCAGUGCUACCAGCCUCUCACCAAGUAACCCUACAUUUGAGCACCCCAGACAAAAAUGACAAGUGGGAUCGAGCCAGUAGCACUCAGACAGGGCAUUUCCGUCUGAGUCUCCCGCUGUGCGCGCCCACCCGCCUCCAGGCUGACCUGAGCAAUGCCUUGGCAGUCCCAUCUCUGUGGGAGGCCCAUAAGGCCUGGAUUCCUCGUGUCUGUCGGCGGGCAGCGUAGCCAGGCCGGGCGGUUGCCUGGGCAGGAGGCCAAAGGCCGGGCCAGCAUCUCUCAGAGCCAAGGGCUGCGGGUGACACAGGCAGCCUCGCAACCACGGCACUUAACGCGACCCCAUCCAAGCGCCCUGUGAACGAACCCCAGAUCCUGGACUGCACAGGACAGGGGAAGGCGGCCCCCUUCCCUCGGAGCCCAGGCCCUGGCCCAGCCUGAGGAGUUCGCCUUGCGAAGCUGAGGGAGGCUGGGGCGGGAGCAGGGCUAGCGCGGACCAGAGGGGGUCGAGGCCGCACGGGCCCCAGCCAGACCACUCAGGGGGACACCCCGGCCUUGGUUUACAACGCUCUGUUAGGAAAAUUAGCCAAUAAAGCACUGUUUAGUGCGCA